AUGUCAUUAACCGAACAAACUGACAACUUAAUAACCCAUAACCAACCCAUACCAAACCCACCAAGGACGACACAAAAUACAAACACAAGGAUGGCUUCGUAUGACUCAAUUCUGGAAAACGUAGAAAAGGUUCUACCCACAUUUCAAGGAAGACAAGAGGAAUUAAGUUCAUUCCUCCAUAGAUUACAAUUGUACGAUAAGAAGAUAACAGAAGUGAACAAACAAGAGUUCUUGGAAUACAUUGUAGAAUGCAAACUUCACCACAAUGUACGUGCUAGAGUCUCACCACUGGGUUAUCCAGACACAUUACAACAGUUGAUAGAGAAACUUACCAAAGCUUACGUUGCAAAGAAUACAGUACAACAGUUACUGCAAAGGAUCAACGAAAUGAGACAAGGUCACAAUCAAUCCGUUACAGAAUUCAGUGACAAGAUGGCCAAACUACUUUCAAGUCUUAAUAACAUCUCUUUACUUAAGAGAAAUUAUAAUAUAACUUCACCACAAGCUGAAGGCAUUCUUAUAAGCAAUGAUGAACACGCAUUGUUUGCCUAUAAGAAAGGACUUAAUGCAACCUACUCACAAACGGUACAGGCUGCACAACCUAAAUCUUUUCAAGAAGCUAGGGACUUUGCGGAAAAUUUAGUUUUUCCAGAUCAACGACAACAGGUUUUAUAUACUCAACACUACCGUGGCAAUAUGUCGCCACAACAAUACAAUCAAAGGAGAAAUUUCUCUAACCAUUUGAAUAGGAAUAAUCAAAUAAGAAACCAAUAUAAUAAUAAUAGGCAGCAUAAUAGUCAAAGAAAUCAAUAUAAUAAUCAAAGAAAUCAAUUUAAUAAUUACCAAAAUAAUAACAGUUCAAGAAACCAAUAUCAAGGAAUUCAACGUAACAACAACCAAAGGUACCAACGUAACAAUGGUCAAAGAAACCAAAACUAUCAACAUAACCAGAGAAACACCUAUAACAGGAAUAUGAACCAAAGACAUGUUCGCUUAACAUCAUCACAGGAAAACUACAUGCGACCAGAGGAAAACCAGUAG